CAAUUGGUAACGGGGGGCAUUGGACCAAUUUCGGGGAACUUCCCCUCAGUGAGCUGCAGGGAAGGGCAGGGCAGUGUGAGGGGAGGGAAGCUGUCCCGUCCUCAGAGCUGCCCCGCUGGGCAACGAUCUGCACUUCCUCAUGGUGAAUUGGGGUAAGAUGGUGCUGCAAAGGAGGCCGCUGUCUGGCGGCAUCAGCCCCAGCAUCUUUGUGGGAAUGGGUUAUCCGACAGGGACAGGGCAGGAGGUGGGUGCCACAAUUUGAGGUUAGCAAGAGAUCAGGGUUUAGUCAGAGCCUACAGACAGCAUUCCUCAGGCAGAAGCCAUCACUUCCCACUGCAAAACGCACCGCAGUGCUCGUGCAUUCCCUCCGCUGUACCCAGCACGACCCCCCAUUGCGUUGCAGCCGCCGAUGGAGGCAGCGGGUGGUUGCGGUGAGCUCUGUGCAAGAGCACGGCCCGCUCCCCAGGCGCAGCCGCAGGAGGUGGAGCCCCGCGCCGCACGCAGACGCCUGGCACAGGCCCAGCACCGCGCGGUGCUGGCGGGACUCUUCAGCAGCCUGCAAGAGACCGUGCUAUCCCAGUCAGACAGCCCGGCCUCCAAGUAUCAGGUUUUGCGUAAGGCUAAGAAAUAUAUCCAGGAGCUGGAGCAAACCUUGAGUUCUUUGCUGAAGAUGAAAGAGUCCUUCAGCCUGGAGGAUGGGAACCCGUCCAGCCUGGAGGAAGUCAGGGAAGAAUAUGUCAAGAGGCACUUCAGCAAUCACAGCACUGCAUCGUCGGCCUCAGAAGCUGUGAGUGAGAGUGAUUCUGCUGUCUGGUAUUUGAUGCAAGAAUGUGAAAACCAAACAAUGGAAGAGGACGGAAAGCCAGGAUUUAUCCAGUACCCAGAGAUUUCAUCCCCAGAUCUGGUGGAAUUUGAACGGUACCUGUAUUUUUAUAAGCACACAGUAGACCUACUGAGAGAGCAUGGAAUUGUUUCCGCUGAGGAGGUGCCUCUCCCUGUGGUCUCCACGGCUAUUUCACACCUCUGGCAAGAGCUUUCUGAAGAAAGGAGAGACAGCAUCUUGCAGUACUGUAGCCAGAGAGAUUUCCACCUGGGUCCUACGGAUGCUUGCCAAGAGCCUGCGUGCACUGAUGGCGAUGUGAGAGACAGUGGAGGUAACAGUGAGGAAGCCAGUGGCUCCUUGGUCUCCACGCCAGAGGAAGUAAUGUUUGAAGACGCGUUUGAUGUUGCUGCUGGUUUCCUUGAAACAAAUGAGACACAGGGAUUGUCCAGCCAGAGUUCUUCAUUUACAAGCGGCAUUUCUGAAAAUCCAGAGGAUGACCACAGACUUUAUCUGCAGAUCACUGACUUCCUAAAAAGCCUUUUCUUUGCUAAUACACACUUCUGCCAGGAAGAAGAUCUUCAGUUUGAUUAUGAGACUGUAAUGCUGAGGUGCACGGAGACCUUUGAUGACGAAGAUUUAUAAGUAGUAUCCCUGUAUGCCAAUGUCUUGCCAAGCAUCACUGGAUACAGCAGGCAUGUGAAGAGACUGUGCCUCUUCCAGAGGAACACUCUCCAAUCAGAAUGGGGAGACAAUGUGUUGUGGUUUGUUAUUGUUGACUUCCCUUUCCUCAUCAGUGCUCCAUAACUUACCAGUUGAGUAAUUUAUACUUUUAAAUGUUCCGGGUUUAAAAUAUUUAUAAAACCUAAAGGAAGAAAUAUUUUUCUCUCUGACUUUUUAAUGCUGAACCUCAUUUCACAAAUACACUGAAGCAAUUCAGUGACCUUGCCUAAUGUGAGCUGUGGAAGAGAUGCAGAGAGCACAUGGCAACCUACGCACUCCAGACUGCUAACUACAAAGCUCACAGCGUGCCUCCCAGCAUCCUGGCAGUGAUUGCUUUCCUCUACAAUUCUUUAGCCAGGGCUGGAAACAACAGAGGAAUUUCUUCACAGAGAUUGACGUGAGGACAUUCCAUAUCUAUGAGGACAACUGUAGUGGCCACGCACUCCCGAAUCGCUCAGAGAGAUGCAGAUACAAUCACAAACUGUGGAUUAUUUUUGUAAAGUGUGUAAAGUUGAAAGAGAACCAAGCCCCCUGUGCUGUUCUGCUGCAUCCUGUUCUUUGAUGAGUAGUACUGCUCAGAUGGUGUCUUGAAAUUAAAAAUGCAUUGAAGUUAAAACAGAUCAUUGACAUCUCUGAGCUGUCAUUAGCGGCUUUCUGCAGACUCGGCCAGUGUUCUGGCAGUGGUUAUAUUGAGGUCUCCUUCUUCCUACUUCCCCUCUCCUUUUAAAGUACCAUGCAUAUAUUGCUCUGGAGGGCCUGGGUUUUGGAACACGUGCUACUUGAAACGUGUACAAGUUUUUCAGGGGAUCUGAGGCCAAAUCAUUCUUUCCUAAAGGAAAGAAUACAAGAGACAAAUGUGAA